CUGCCAAGGAAUCCCGCCCACCUGAAAGAUGACGCGCAAGGUAACAGUUGAGUGCAAUUCAGAGAUUCCUAUUCGAAUAAAACGCAUUUCACCUCCCACCUAUACAGAGCUCACUCUUCCCGCAAGAUAUAAAGCGGAGAGGCAGGUUCCUACUCCCAUAAAUUUCUGGCUAGGCAAAUAUUCCACUUGAGCCCGGCGAGGCUGCUGCGUAUUGCAUCUCAACCCCCCAGCUCGAUAAGCCCCCCCCGAUACACAGACGACAUGAAUAUCGUCGAGUGGGCUUUCGGGAAGCGCAUGACGCCGGCCGAGCGUCUCCGCAAACACCAACGGUCCCUCGAGAAGACGCAGCGGGAACUGGACCGCGAGCGGAUCAAGCUCGAGAACCAAGAGAAGAAGUUAAUACAGGAGAUCAAGAAGAGCGCCAAGAAUGGGCAGAUGGGGGCAUGCAAGAUCCAGGCCAAGGAUCUGGUGAGGACGCGGCGGUACAUUGAGAAGUUCUACUCGAUGAAGACGCAGUUACAGGCGAUUUCCCUGCGCAUACAAACGGUGCGGACGAAUGAGCAGAUGAUGCAGGCUAUGAAGGGCGCGACGGGUGUGCUGGGCAGUAUGAAUCGCAAUAUGAAUCUCCCGGCUCUACAAAGGAUAGCUAUGGAGUUCGAGAAGGAGAAUGACAUUAUGGACCAGCGGCAGGAGAUGAUGGACGACGCCAUCGACGAUGUUACGGGAUUAGAGGACGAGGCUGAGGGCGAAGAGGUGGUGGAGCAGGUCUUGGAGGAGAUUGGGAUUGAUCUCAGACAGGCUAUGGGCGAAACGCCCAGCGGGCUCCAGGGCACGGCUAUGGGCGAGGGCAGAGUGGCACAGGCGGUGGGAGGGAGUGGUGGUGAUCCCGGAGACGACGAUCUCCAGGCCCGACUCGACAGCUUGCGGCGAUGAAAGGGGUUGGGCAAUGAGCUUCACUCGCGGCGUUUUUGUCUCAUAACGAGACGAGGAGUUUUGCAGUAUAUUCUUGUACACGCGCAUUACCAGGGAGCUGCAUCCGGGAAGGGUGAUGAGAUAUAAAUACCUACCUACCUGCGGUGCAGGAGAGAAGAGAGAGAUAAAGACAGUCGAUAUUGUAUAUUUUAUAUCUUAUGUCUUAUGUUGUUAUCUGUACAGUACAGUACAGUAUCAAGCGUAUCAAGGC